AUGCCACCUACAAAGGAUAGUAUGUUAAUACUCAUAGCAAUUGGAGAAUUUUCAAUUGGCAUCUUGGGAAAUGGAUUCAUUGGAUUGGUAAACUUCAUGGAUUGGAUCAAGAACAGGAAGAUUGCCUCCAUUGAUUUAAUCCUCACAAGUCUGGCCAUAUCCAGGAUUUUUCUGUUGUGUGCAAUAAUACUAGAUUGUUUUAUUUUGGUGGCAUAUCCAGAUGUCUAUGAUAAUAAUGAACAAAUGAAGGUUAUUGACUUUUUUUGGACCAUAACCAACUAUUUAAGUGUCUCAUUUGCCACUUGCCUCAGUGUUUUUUAUUUCUUCAAGAUAGCCAGCUUCUCUCACCCCCUUUUUCUCUGGAUGAAGUACAGGAUCGACAAGGUGGUUCUUUGGACUUUACUCGCGUGCUUGGUGUUCUCUGUGGUUUUCAGCUUUCCCGUCACUGGGAAUCUGAAUGAUAAUUUCAGACGUUGUGUCAAGGGAAGGACAAAAACAAACUUCACCUGGAGGUGUGGAAUAAAUAAAGACCUGUAUGCCUCAACCAAGGUAUUCAUCAACCUGGUACCAUUGUUCCCCUUCACCGUGUCCCUGUUCUCCUUUCUUCUGUUGAUCCUCUCCCUGUGGAGGCACACCCGAAGGAUGAAGCUGAAGGCGACAGGCCACAGAGAUCCCAGCACAGAAGCCCACGUAAGAGCCAUGAAAUCAGUCAUCUCCUUCCUUCUCCUCUUUGUUGCUUAUUGCUUGGCCUUCCUUAUCGCCACCUCCAGCUAUUUCAUGCCAGAGACUGAGUUAGCUGUCAUUCUGGGUGAGUUGAUAGCUCUAAUUUACCCUUCAAGUCAUUCCUUCAUCCUAAUCCUGGGGAACAAUAAAUUAAGACAGACAUCUGUCAAGGUGCUGUGGAAAGCAAAGUGCAUUCUAAAAAGAAGAAAAAGUUAA